AUGGUGGACGCUUCUUUUGAGGAUUUGUGGUUUGAAUUUGCUGAAGAGCCAAUACUUCCGUGGUCGGAGACGGCAAUACCAGUGAAUAUGCUUCUAUCCGUCUUAAUUGUGACUGGGUUACUUUACGCUCUGAUAAGAAAAAAUGAGCAGAUCGAGGAGGAGGAAGAAGUCAGGGUGUUUGAGAGUUUGAAGAAAAUGAAGUGGCACCUAGAGGAAGAGAUUCUAGAGGAAGCAAAAAAACUCUCCCGAGAAGAAGAUCUCCAACGUCAAAAGAAAAGCAGAAGCAAGUCUAAGUCCAAGUCCAGCCAACGUUAGAAGAAAAGCAAAAGCCAUGAGAAAAAGUAGAAAGAUAUUUGCAUGUGAUAAAUCAAUUAGAUUUGACUGGCGAUGUGCAUAAAAUGGUUAAUAUACGUACAGGCAAUUUUU